AUGUCUCCUUCAAAUAGUAAUAUUGCUAGUACUACUGGAGGAGGAGGAGGAGGAGGAGGAAGUAAUAACAGUAAUAAGAAUUAUAUAGAACAUCAAGUUUCUAAGAGGGACACUCUUGCUGGUGUUGCGAUCAAAUACGGUGUUGAGGUGGCAGACAUCAAAAGGUUAAAUGGGUUAUCGACAGAUCUUCAGAUGUUUGCUUUGAAGACCUUGCUUAUUCCAUUACCAGGAAGACAUCCACCUUCUCCCAUUUUGUCUAAUGGUUCUGCUUCUCGAGGAGGAAACAACAUUGACAAAACACCACCACGGCCAUGCCACUUGAAUGUGUUGGAAACACUCGAGUCUUUAAGCUUAAAAUCACCUCAAAAGAAGGCUUCUCCAGCUAUGAGCACUUUACAGAAGUUCUAUGGUCUCAAAUCUUCAAAACAUAAGGAUUCAGCUGAAGGUAUGGAGAUGGCUGUUUACAGAACUGGAAACUUGGAUUACUUAAAUGAGGGGCUGCUGUAUAAAGCUUUACCAGUAUCUGGCCCAUCUUAUAGGAAUCACAAAUCCAUAAAUUUGGCCGAUGGUUUCUUGCCUGAUAAUGGUUCGGUGGCAGAAUACAAGCCUCUUUCAGAAGCUAGAGAUGGGGAAGGUGAGAAAUCCAAUGAGAAGUUUGUUCGAAGACGCCAGAAAGCUGAAGCUGAUCCUAGAGCUGGCACACCAGAAAAGCUGUUGAAAGAAGAGAACAAUGGUGGAAGCAGUGCUUUUUCACCUGUAACUGGAAAGAGACUAGCAAUGAGACCAAAAUCAGCAAGCAGAACAUCACUGGCUGCUGAAUCAGAGCCAGGAUGGCUGAAUGCUAUGCCGGUGGGCAUGGGAGAUUCCAUAAUUGCUGAUGGGUCUGUUGGAGUUCAUAAGUCAUCAAGCACAUCAAGUCUGCAGGACCAGGAGAACAAUAAUUUCUCUUCUGUUUGGACAACUUCUAAGUGGAGUUUGAAACCCGAUUUACAGGCUCUCUCUAAUGCAGCCAUCAGUAUACCAAAAUUUGAUGGCUUACCCAAGCCAUCUGGACGCUGGAGCAAAGCUGCCCUUGAUUAG